CGAAAAUGCAGGAAGAGGUGAUAAAUUCGGAACUGAGGAGGUAGUUCACUCUUGCCGGUGUGACAGUUUGGCUGUGUAGCAGCUGCGAACUGAAACAGUCAACGACCCUGUGGACAGAGGGAUGUCUGGACCAUAAGCGAGCGUGCACUAACAGCUGCCAGCUGAGACCUCUGGUCCUGUGGAGUAUAUCUGUCUUUUGUGCACACGAUUUUUCAGCAGGAGCCUGUGGAUCAAAAUUUAUUGUGCAAGAUGGCUUGCAAUGACACAGAAAAGUCAGGCCUUGAAGAUGCAUGUUCUGGGGAGAAGUUGUCGGCCUGUGCUAUGGCCAUGGAGAAAGAGAGAGAAUCUUUCCCAAGUCCUACUGAGAGCCCCUCUACCAUCAGUGUGUCUGCCAGCAUCCAGUCACAGUCUAACCUACAGGGUUACGAUGUGGAGUUCGACCCGCCCCUGGAGAGCAAAUACGAGUGUCCCAUCUGUCUGAUGGCACUGAGAGCGGCUGUCCAGACACCCUGUGGCCACAGAUUCUGUCGGAACUGCAUUGAGAAGUCAAUUAGGGACACAGGACAAAAGUGUCCGGUUGAUAAUGAAGUGCUUCUGGAAGAUCAACUCUUUCCAGAUAACUUUGCCAAGCGAGAGAUUCUCUCCCUCACUGUCCGCUGUCCCAACACAGGCUGUAGAGAGAAGAUGGAGCUCCGGCACUUGGAUGCUCAUUUGAGCCAUUGUAAGUUUGCCACUGUGCAGUGCUCCCAGUGCCAAGAGUCUGUAUGGAAGAGCCAGUUGGAGGAACAUGUCAGUCAACAGUGCCUGCACAGACUGGUCACCUGCCCUGACUGCGCAGACCGCUUUGUCUAUGCUGAAGGAAAGUUACACGAGCUGCAGUGCCCGUUUGCCAGUGUGAGAUGUCAGUAUUGUGAUUUGGAGCUUGUGCGUGAUCAGUUGGUGUCUCACUGUGACACAGACUGUCCCAAAGCUCCUGUGGCCUGUACCUUUAGCUUCUUUGGCUGUCGAGAAAAGAUGCAGCGGAGUGAUCUGGCCGUGCACAUGCAGGAGUUCACACAAAUGCACAUGCGCUACAUGGCGGAGCACCUGCGCAACCAGACUCUGAAUGGCUGCCUGCCCUCCACAUCACCUCUGACAUCAUCAUCCACUUCAGCCUCUACAGUCAGCUCCUCAGAUGACCGCGGGGCGUCUCGUUCAGCCAAUCCAUGCAACUGCAGUCAGGAGCUACAUCACCUCAGGGAGACAGUACAGCAGCUAGAGGGGCGUCUGGUCCGACAAGACCACCAACUGCGUGAGCUGAGCAUAAACAAUACUACGCAGGCCAGUCAAAUCGCAGAGCUACGGAAGAAACAUGGCUCAAUGGAGGAGGCCAUGCACGAGUUGGAGGCGCAGCAGUGCCAAGGCAUCUAUGUUUGGCGGGUGGAAGGAUUUUCCGCUCACCUGCGGAACCAAGAGGCAGGGCAUCCCGUGGUUCUCCACAGCCCGGGUUUCUACACAGGCAGGCCGGGGUACAAGCUAUGCCUACGACUACACCUCCAAACCCCCAGCGCCCCCCGCUGUUCCAACUACAUCUCUCUGUUUGUUCACACCAUGCAGGGAGAGUUCGACAGCCAGCUGUCCUGGCCUUUCCAGGGCACAAUCCGACUAGCUAUUCUGGACCAGGUCGAUGGCCAGCAUCACGUUGAAGUAAUGGAGACCAAGCCGGACCUCCAGGCUUUCCAGCGGCCCACGGUCCAGCGCAAUCCCAAAGGGUUCGGAUACGUUACUUUCCUGCACCUUCAGAGCCUUCGACAGCGAGGUUUUGUACGUGAGGAUGUUCUGUUGGUACGCUGCGAGGUUACCCCACGAUACGAUUCCAGCCUCAGACGGGAAGGCGUUCAGCCGCGCGGUCCUGAACCUUCUCUCUGAGACCAAACGCACGCACACAUUCAUAAGUUCUCUUAUAAAUGCUCUAUUAAAGACUUGACACGAGUUUUUUUUUUUUUUUUCCU